AUGAAAUAUUUGCUUAAAAUGCUCACAUUCUUCGUGAUAGUUCUUCAAGUCAUUGCCAGACCAAUGCCCAGUGAAGAUACACCCAAAGAUGUGUUGAGCAAACUAAAGAGCAUAUUCAAAGUUGGCGAGGGCAUUAUGGUAUACAACACUGGAUUAGCAAGCGAAGGACUUGAGGAUGAUGAAAUCGUUUGUGCCGAACGUAGAGCUGGCAAGUCAUACUGCAAGGAGGUUGAAAACUAUAUCGAGGCUACACGUUUGGACAAAAUUGACCCCGAACAAUUUGCUAAAUUCAAGGAAUAUUUCAAGGAUGAUUUGGCACAACCACAAAUGGUGGCAACACGCAUGGGGAUGGAGAAACACUGCAAUACCAAGACCAAAGUGAUAUAUCCAGAGGGUGCUGAGUCAAUGGACAAUCAAUGGUUGUUGGUGAUGCAAUAUGGGGCAUACAAGCAAGGUGUGCUAGUAGAAGAGUGUGAAAAUGAGGCGCAAACUGGUGAAGAGAAUAGUACCUUGCCGGUGGAGGAGCAUUCGAAAUGCAAACAGAAUUUUAACUAUCGCAAGUUGGUUGUUCUGGUGAAUGGUGCGAUGAAAGAGAAGAUGGUUAAAUUGCCAAGCACUUGUGAAUGUGUCGCAUACUCCACUUAGGUAUGUACUCAUGCGGAGGAAAAUUUGAAAUAAAAACUAGAUUAAAUAUA